AUGUUCACUCAGCGCAGUGCCCUUCGUCUCGCUCAGCGUGCCGCUCCGGUUCGCUCUGCUGCUCAGCGCCGUCUGAACAGCACCCAGUCCAAGUAUCCCUGGAUCGUCGACAACGAGUUCAACCGCGAGCGAGCUGCUGUCAAGCACCAUGCUGCUUCCACUAGUGAUCUCUGGCGCAAGCUUUCCAUCUACGUCGUCAUUCCCGUCCUGAUCGGUGGUGGACUCAACGCUUACAACCUGUGGAACGAGCAUUGGGAGCACUGGUCUCACAUGCCCCCGCUCGAGGAGCGUGUCGAAUACCCCUACCAGAACAUACGCUCCAAGAACUUCCCUUGGGGAGAUGGUGACAAGACUAUCUUCUGGAACAGCAAUGUCAACUACCACAACAAGGACAAGGCCACUUAG